AGAUCAGACUGUGAAGACUCGAGAAGUCGACGUCUAGUGAACGGUCACCGCACGUUUCACGUUUAGCGUAAAAAAGUGCUGAGUGAUCAAUCCGUAAGCGUGAGAUUCCAACCAGUCAAGUUCAUAUUAAAACGGAUUUUCUCUACAUCAAACAGUUGUACUUGCUAGUGGGAACUUUUCAGGCGGCAGACUGUACGUCGUCUAUCACGUGCAUACUUCACCCGAUCCGGGAAAUUCGCAUAAACCGCGGGCUGCAAGUUGCAUCGGCGAGACCAUCGUCCGCGUCAAGCACGUCAGGGUUCACCGAACAGACAUCUCGGAGUCAUCACCGCAUCUAUCCGUAUAGUGCAUGCUUCCGCAGGCCACGUGGGCAUUAAUAAACGAUCGAACUUGUACAAUCAUCACGACGAGAGAGAUUGACAUCACAUUGAGCAACAUCUUGCAUUGUACGGAACGGGCGCGCUUGCGGUGGAAAAAAAGCACGCAGUUAGAAAGGAUCGACUCGUUGUUCGGCAGAGGAUCCAACGCUCAAUCAAUCGCAGCCGGGAGGACGAAGUGUACGAAGGCCAAACUCGCAAACAGUCGAAGCCCUCCUUCAUUCAGGAGGGCUUUGUUUGCAGGAUUGAUUCUGGCUACGUGCAUCGUGCAUCGGACAAACGAACAGGCACCUUCGCAUCAUAGUGCGCAGCGAUAAGAUCACCGGUGAGGCAGUGAGCUGGAGCCAGGUCCACAACCGGGCAGCGUUGAGGCGUCGCUCAUCUCCGAUGCGUGCUGAAUGGAGAGAGGAUUGGAGAUCGACGUCGGUGUGGCUAUAUAAGCGAGGUCCACGUGUCGGACGCAAGAGCUUGAUCGACGAGGGUAGAGGAGCAAGAAGGUUUUGCGUAUUGGCGUGGAACGACUGACAAGUCGUCGCAUCGGAACGAUGAGCCUCUCACCCACGGGCCGCAGUAGCAGGUUUGCAGUGCAUGAAAGUACGGGCCCGUGAGUAAACAAUAAUUAUGUUAGACAUGCAAAAGCUAGGAGCUUGAAUAGGGAUGAAGCGUAGGCAAUCCAGAUUGUAUUAAGAGGCAAUAAAAGGCAAGACGAUGAUUUUAAAUUUUGUGUUCGUUUUUCCCU